CAUAAGAUCACUCACAAGCUGUCAAGCUACAGACAUGAAGCGAAUGCUUUGGCUGCCUUUUCUGCUUGUGCCCCUCUCCCGGACAGGACACACACAAAAAUCAGAGGGAUGCUUAUUUCAGAAGCAACAGUUGAUGUGGAAAAAUAUAGGUGAAAAAGCUGUUCUAAAUUGCAGCAUUUAUUCACACUGUUCAGCUGGAGAACUGGAGUUCGAAUGGUUUCUUGUUAAAAAGGAUUCCUAUAAGCGUCUUAUGCAGACCCAAAGGUACAACAUACAAAAAAAUAUUUUAAACAUCGAUUCUGUUAAUGGCAACGACACUGGGCUUUACCUCUGUGCUGCAAAAGAGACAGAAUGCUGCCAACCGUUUGUAGCAAAUGGGACACUUCUUGUAGUGGGAGGAAAACCUAAGGUAAUGCUGUGGACGAUUCUUGUGUGGGUGUUAUUUACCCUCUUAGCCAUCUACAGCUUGGCUUUGGUUACCCUCAUCAUAGUAAGGAAGCGGGACUGUAACUUGACCUCCAGCGACAAGAGCCCUAAAACUGAAACGCAGAAUAGCGUAAGGAAGAAAACACAGUUCAGAGACGUACUGCAAGAACUCCACAGCAGGUCGAUGGUGAACAAAAGGAAACAAAGCACAAGAGGAAACGGCUCCCAAGUUGGGGCAGUAAGUGGGCACGGCAACAUYUCUAYCGACGACAUCUACCAAAAUGUCUAAUGGUCAUCUCACCCUGUUAAAUAACAGGAGGAUGUUACAAAGCUACGAAACAUGUGUCUGAGGUGACUGUUCUGUUGCAAAUGUUAGGACAAAUGAGUCAGAGGACUGGUUGGAUCUUUGCUCAAGUUUAUCAAUGAAAUGAGACAUUUACUGCACAGUAAUGAUGCUGACUCAGGGUUUUCAGCAGCGUCACAUUGACUGUCUCUUUCCAUAGUUCUGUUCAAACUUUUUUGCUCAGUUGAACUAGUCCAUGCAAGUUUAUUCUUGAGCUGUAAUUGGAGGCAUUUAUGCAGCGCAGAACAGAGGAUUAAAUGAGAAAUAGUUGUUUUAAGCUGUCAACAUAGAUCCAAAAGUUGAACAUGGCAUGCAUGCUUAUGUAAUAGGUGGUUUUAGACAGCAACAUUAGUAAAAUAAUACCGUUUAGCAGUGCUGUGUAAAGAUCCUAUUUAAGAUUUUGUUGUAAGGUUAAUGUUUUCUUUCUUUUCUUUUUAUUUUUAAUUCAGUUUGUGAAUCUUAAAAGUCCUGUCACGCUCUGUAAAUGAUUGACACUGUAUUGCCAGAAGUUUUGGUCACUUGCUUUUAAUAUGAACUUUGAUGACGUCCCGUUUUAAUUGCAGAUUUAGGAGUUUGUUCAUGAGAAUUUUUGAACCAUUAUUCCAGAAGUGCAUUAAUGAGGUCAGACACUGAUGUUGGACGACUUUGGUCACAGUCUCAUUYAUCCUAAAGAUGUUCUGUCGGGCUGAAAUCGGUAAUUUGUGCAGGGCAGCCAAGUUCUUUCACACCAGACAAGAUUAUCCAUCACUUUAUGGGUUUUGGUUUAUGGUUUGGUGCCCAGUCACAGAAGUGAACAUCCCAAAAUUGUUCCUACACAGGCAAACAUUGUUUUAGUAUGUAAAGCUUCUUUCAGUUGAACUAAUAUUCCUUCUUUACCAAACUUUUAUAUUGACACAAAGUAGUCAUGGAAACCCAGACUUUGGUGGGUUUUCAUACAGAGAGCCACGAUUCAUCACUGCAAAGAAGAUGGUCAUAAUGUCUUAUAUAUAUUUUUAGAAACUGGUUGAUUUUUUUUUCUAUUUGAAAGAAAAAACUGCAUUUUUGAACCAAUAAAAUACUUUUAUAAUUAAUGUGUGAAAGAAAUCUUGUAUUAAAGAGUUUGUUCUGUUAGUUUUAUUCUGCUACAUUUAAAUUUCUAACAGAUCAAUAAGGCUUGGGAUGUAGCAUAGAAAAUUGUUGUUGUGAUAUUCCUACAAAGCCUUGAGAAUAAAAUGAAAAUAUUGCAAAUGUCUCUAAAAACAGUAGAAAUCGUUAAAUCUUUUGAACAUGAAUGUUAUUGCACAUUGCACUGCACAAUCCAGUUUUAUCAUAAACCUGGUUAUGGCAAAGUUUUUAUAUGCCUUCUUCCUUUCAUAGUCUUUGGUGCUGCUGCAAUGCAAAGAUAUCAUGCUGUUCUUUAAAAUGCUUUCUGUUGUGCAUUUGUGAUAACUGAUCAGCAGUUUCAGUAGAAGGUUUGGUUUCUUUAACUUCCUCUUUGAGAACUUAAAACUGCUCACACUCCAUGUUCCCUCUGUGUUACAUAGUACUGGACUGUGACAAUAAUUUGUCUAUUCUGGUGUUCAAAAUCAGGUUGUUAGCAUUCAUCUUUGUUAGGUUCUGAACCUAUUCUUCAUAUGCUGUAUGCAUAUCAGUCAGAAGAGCUGUUGCCUGCAGAGACACACCAGGAAGUCUGGUUCCUUGUAGGUAAAACAAUAUAAAAAUAAAGAUGACUUUGGGGAAUUUUGCUUGUUACUUUAAGAAUCAUGUUUAAAAUUGGAAAUAUGUUCAAAAUCUCUUUUAAUAGUACCUCACAAUGAUUUGAAAAAAUCAUUGUGAGGUACAGG